CUUCCAAACAUUGUCGCCAUCGCGACGACGGCGACGAGACAAAGCGCCACUCCACUCUCCCUCUGCGGGGAGCACCAGAAAAGCGUCUGACCGUACCAUCCCUGCACUGCGACUCCCCAGUACCCCGCCGUGUCUUCGCUUCCUUCGACGUCCACGGCGACGCGCUGCGCUUCCGGGCACGGGGGCCCCCAUGGCGGCGCGGGGGAAGAAGCUCAUCAACGAUCCCAACGAUGUGGUGACGCAGUUCAUCGAGGGCCUGGCCGAGGCGUACCCCGGGGUGCAGUACCUGGACGGGUUCCCCGAGGUCAAGGUUGUUCUCCGCUCCGAUGUCGCGGCCGGGACGUACGAUAAGGUUGCUGUUAUUUGCGGAGGUGGAAGUGGUCACGAACCAGCCCAUGGUGGAUUUGUUGGUCAAGGAAUGCUGACUGCUGCUGUUUCUGGAGAUGUUUUCACUUCUCCACCAGUCAACUCUAUUUUGGCUGCUAUCCGAGCUGUAACAGGUCCUAAAGGCUGUCUUCUAGUAGUAACGAAUUACACGGGUGACCGGCUUAAUUUCGGCCUAGCAGCUGAAGAGGCAAAAUCUGAAGGCUACAGAGUGGAGAUGGUUAUCGUUGGAGAUGAUUGUGCUCUCCCACCGACUCAAGGCAUAGCUGGCAGGAGAGGCCUUGCAGGGACAAUUCUUGUUAAUAAGGUAGCUGGAGCUGCUGCCGAUGCUGGUUUGCCCCUUGAAAAGGUAGCUGAACAAGCAAGGCAUGCAUCUGAGUUAGUUGGUACAAUGGGAGUUGCUCUCUCAGUGUGCACACUGCCUGGUCAGGAGACGUCUGAUCGUUUAGGUCCAGAACAAAUAGAGCUCGGUCUUGGAAUUCAUGGAGAGCCUGGCGCUGCUGUCACUGAACUUCAACCUGUUGAUGUAGUGGUGACUCGUGUUCUAAAGCAGAUCUUGUCACCGGAAACUCAAUAUGUUCCUAUUACAAGAGGCGACAGGGUUAUUCUUCUGACUAAUGGAUUAGGUGCUACUCCUAUCAUGGAGUUGAUGAUUGCCACUAGAAAGGCUGUGCGUGAGUUGCAACUGGAAUAUGGAAUUGCUACUGACAGAAUCUACACAGGAUCGUUUAUGACUUCACUUGACAUGCAAGGAUUCUCAUUAUCCAUCAUGAAGUCAGACACAACAAUUUUGCAGUACCUAGAUGCCUCUACUAAAGCUCCUUGUUGGCCGGCUGGAGCCGAUGGAAAUCGGCAAAAACCUGCAAAAAUUGCCGUUCCAGCACCACCAUCAUGUGCGAUGAAGAGUGAUAAGAUGCUUCAACAAAGUCGAGAGCUGACCAAAGAGGGCUGCAUUUUAGAGGUUUCUAUUGAAGCAGGUGCUAAAGAAAUUAUCAGGAUAAAGGAUAGUUUAAAUGAAUGGGACAGUAAAGUAGGUGAUGGUGACUGUGGGACAACGAUGUAUAGGGGGGCAAUUGCUAUACUUGAUGACAUGAAAAAAUGCUACCCAAUGAAUGAUGCGGCUGAAACAGUGAAUGAGAUUGGUGCCACAGUCCGGCGGGUCAUGGGAGGAACAACUGGGAUCUUGUAUGACAUACUCUGUAAGGCUGCCUAUGCAAGUUUAAAGGGCAUUAAAACAGUAGAAGCAAAGCAUUGGGCUAAUGCUUUACAAGCAUCUAUCGAUGCCAUUAGCAAAUAUGGUGGUGCUCGUGUAGGCUAUCGUACCAUGCUUGAUGCUCUGAUUCCUGCUUCAGAAAGUCUUAGAGAGAGACUUGAAGCUGGGGAUGACCCUCUUGAUGCAUUCGUGGUAUCAUCUGAAGCUGCUAUGAAUGGUGCUGAAUCCACAAGACACAUGCAGGCCCAGGCUGGUAGAUCAUCUUAUAUUGCUGCUGACAAGUUGGCACUGGCUCCUGAUCCUGGAGCUAUGGCGGCUGCUGCUUGGUACAGAGCUGUAGCCCUUUCAUUGAAGAGCAGCAUGUCAUGCCAUUCAAAACCAUAGCUCUGUGUUCAACUUGACUUGGCUAGCAAAGUUUCGCACCUAUACAGGGCAGCCCUUGUGACCUCUGUCUACUGUUUCAUUGGCCUUCGGUGGUGUAUAUAUUCUGCUUGGCCUUGGCAUCAAAGCUUUCACGGUAGUGGUGUGCAUGAUAAUGAUGCUCUAAUUACAAGACGCUCAUCUGCCCAGUUCUGUAAACAUAUGAGUGCAGAGCUAUAGAGUGAAUUUUGUUAAAUAAAGUUUGAGAAAGCACUGGAAUUCUGGAAAUUA